AUGUCUGCUAAGGCAAGUACCAAGAGUUUCCAGGAUUGCACAGAGACCGAUGUGCCCGGUUAUAACGAUUGCCCAUCGGUUUUGUAUCAGGUGAACAAAGCUGCUGCUAAGAAGGGCAGAAGGAAUAGGAUCGUAACGCAGGUACGAGAUGUGUCCGGGAAUACAACGAGCUCCAGUUUACCUCCUCCAGCUGUGCCUUCGCGAGUGAAGGAAACAUAUCAAGAAGAACUGUCAAACACGUUGACGAAUGAAGAAUUACUAAAGAGGAUUGAAGCAAUGUUCAAGCUUUCGACUAGCCUGUCCUCUAAAGAAUUUGAAUUUUACAAAAAGAAGAUAGAUCUAAAUGUGGCGAAAAGUUUAGACAGUGAAUCGACAAGACACAUGUUGGCUGCAUUCUUUGAACAGUGGGGUGACAAAAGUAAAUGCACAAAUAUGCUACGAGAGUGGCUAGCCUCUGACAUCACUAUUUCAAGUUGGUGCCCUGCUUUCUUGAAGAUAUACGAAAAUGCAACGAUUGUGUGA